AUGACCAACAGGCCGGUCAGCCGCCCACGCCCCAGCGACGUGGCAGGUGAUGGCAAUGGCUCCCACGGAGGGUUGCAAGAUCAGUCAAAUAGCGUUUGGAAAGAUGUUUUUCCUAUGAUACCGGCUGCUGCCAGGCUUGUUCGACCUCAUGUCCAGCCAUCCUACCCUACUCGUGCAGCUUGUGAGGAGGACGUGCUGGUCAAGCUCGUUGAACAGAAUUACAGCUGGCCACCAGUCGAAAAGACAAGGCCAGAGAGGGUCCAACGCUUCCUCAAACGCUGCAUUUUCAACUAUCUUUUCACACAAUCUACUUCUGAUAACACUGUCACGAUGACCGAACAAACAACGGUCAUAACGGGGAAGAAGUCUACAUCCACCAACAUUCACCAGAAGCAUCCUUCAUCCGCCCUGUCAACAGCCAAAACCCCAGCAACUCUGUCGUCUGCCCAAACCCCAUCAACCCCAGCAACUGUCAGAGUCUUAGCAAGCCCGUCGACUGCCAAACCCCUAGCAACCUCAAUGACCUCUCGCAUGUCAAGACGUGAGAUGCAGGUGCUGGGAGUUAUGGAUUCCCUCGAUAAUGAGCAGGAGAUUGCCUUGGCCAUGUGUGAGACCUGGACUGUAUGGCCAGCCAUACCAUUAACGCGUUCCUCCGAGUGGUCUCCAUCCCCAACUGGGCGCAGCAUGAUUGGUUCUAUUGCCAAGUCCUGGCUCCACAUCCUCUCCAAGAGCCCAGCGACCUCCUAG